GUAUUAUUCAUGUGUGAGUUUUCACUUUUUAGUUUUUAGGUGUUGAAAUUGAAAACAUGAUUUAAAUGCGACUAUUUCAAAGCAGCGCUCUUCUCGCAACCCCCCCUUCCCCUUCUCCUUCCCCCCCAACCCUCUCCUCUUUCUCUCUCCUCUCUAGAGAGAGAAACCCAUAUGCUAUGGCGAUAUUCGACAUUGUUACCAUCAUUAUCAUCAUCAUGCUUCUCCUCGUCCUCCUCCUCAUCCUCCUCGCUUGUAAACCAUGGCGAUUCUUUUCUCGUUCUCAUCAACGUCUAUCUUUCAAGGUUGAUGACUUAGAGAGGCCUUUGGUGCAAGAAGAUUCCGAUCAGCUCCCAAGCCAAAUAAUUGAAUCGGUGAAAAAUAACCCUUCAGAGGGUUCUUAUUUGCAAACUGAAGGGCAUUUCGGUUCACCUGGAGCACAAAGCCUUACUUACAAACAGAGGCUGCCCCCUCCUGCACCUCACUUGACACAAGGUGCUAGCUUAGUUUUAGACAUAGGUGAUCAGGCAGAAGACCUUUUGGUUGGUCAAACACUGAGGCGUCCCUUGACAAACCGUUACAUUCAAGAGCAGAAAAGCACUAUAAAGGAAGGCCCAUAUCGUGACCUAAGGCUUAGGCCAGAUGAUGUCAAAUCUCCGAGUAUUUCCACUGGCAUUCUACAUCAAGGAAGCUGCCUCUCCCUUGAAGUUAUUACUGGUCCUGCACGCGGGGUUAGGUGUUCGGUGUUGCCUACAGAUGCUUCUAAGCUUCCUCUGACUCUUGGAAGGGUCCCACCAAGUAACUUUUUGCUGAAAGAUUCAGAGAUUUCUGGAAGGCAUGCUAUGAUAAACUGGAAUUCUAAUACAUUGAAAUGGGAGCUAGUGGACAUGGGUAGUCUCAAUGGAACUCUACUAAAUUCAAAGGCUGUACAUCAUCCUGAUUCUGGAAGCAGAACUUGGGGUGAGCCAAAGGAGCUUGUUAGCGGUGAUGUAAUAACUCUUGGAACCACUUCGCAGAUAAGUGUGCAAGUUACAUCUCUGAGUGAAUCAGAGGUCCCAUUUGGUAUAGGGAUGGCAUCAGAUCCUAUGUCUACGCGCCGUGGAGGAAAAAGACUUCCCAUGGAAGAUGUCUGUUAUUACCGAUGUCCGCUUCCUGGGGCAGAUCAGUUUGGACUUUUCGGUAUAUGCGAUGGACAUGGUGGAGCUGUUGCAGCUCAGUCUGUGAGCAAAAUUCUUCCAGAGAUAGUGGCAACUAUUUUGUUAGAUCCUCUAAGAAGGGAAAAGGUUCUAUCUCGACAAGAUGCUUCGGAUGUCCUAAGCGAAGCAUUUUCUCAGACAGAAGCAUGUUUGAAUCACUAUUAUGAGGGUUGUACUGCGACAUUACUUUUGGUUUGGGGUGAUGGUUAUGACAGUUUCUUUGCUCAAUGUGCCAAUGUUGGAGACUCGGCUUGUGUAAUGAAUGUCGUUGAGAAACAGAUGAAAAUGACUGAAGACCAUAGGAUAACAAGCUAUUCUGAGAGGCAGCGUAUCAAUGGAAGAGGAGAGCCGUUGAAGGAUGGGGACACACGCCUAUGCGGUUUAAACCUUGGGAGAAUGCUUGGUGACAAGUUUCUUAAGGAACAGGAUGCUCGAUUUAGUUCAGAGCCGUAUAUAAGUCAAGUUGUCCGUGUUGGUCAAGCAAAUGAAGACUUUGCAGUAUUGGCAAGUGAUGGUUUGUGGGAUGUCAUCAGUGCAAAGAAGGCGAAUCAGCUUGUUCUUCAGGCAAAGGAAAGAUAUUCUACGGAUAGGAAGUGUUCGGCACAGAAGAUAGCUGAUUAUUUGUUAAAUGAGGCUAAAAAAUUACGUACAAAAGAUAACACCUCCAUAGUUUAUGUAGAUUUUGACACCGCUUUGAGGAACUUGUGUAAAUAUGAUCCUUGAUAUGUAAUAUCUAUAGGCUUUGGUCGAUAAUCAUGUACUAAUCUUCAGAAGAGGUUGUUUGGUAACUGGAUGGUCAUCAUCUGUGAUGAAUGCUGCAGAAUAAAUCUUCAAUCUCUGAACAUUGGUGGAAGACGAUGCAUCAAAUUGCUAAGAUUUUGGAGUCGACCUAUCCUUGCAUGGUUUUAACACAUACUGAUGCAGGCUGGCAAGUCAUCCUAGGAAUGGUUAGUGAUCAGCAAUAUCCACACUUCAUUUCCAUGAUUAAAUCCUUACCAGUUUCAAACGAAAAUCACUUGGAAGCUGCUCUCUUCGUCAGAAUUCUUGUGAUGCUCGAUGGAUUUUUAUUGUUGAUAUUUAGUAUUGAGGAAGCUGUUUUGACUGCAAGGAGCCUGUCGUCAAACUGCAUAACAGCUCUUUAUGAAUGGGUGGAACUUGUGAAGACAACUAGACGGUUUAUGUUGGAAAGUUGUGUUCUGUUGAUGCCCAUGGGAUGGGAUUAUUUUUCCCAUUACCAAUGAGGCAUACUUGUCAUUGUAGCUGUAUUGUGCAUAAAUAAAAAUUAUAGCUGGAUUAAUUAAUUCUUAGACCAUGCUUGUAUUAAUAGUAAGGAAUUGAGGGGGUAGUGUAGAUCAGUGGAAGAAACUUGAGUUAAAAUUUAGUGUGAUGUUGGACUAGAUGAUAUAGAUACUACAUGGAGGGAGAAAUGGAAGGGGAAGUUAUUACCCUCAUGUUUGGUGAGUAAUUAUUAUCCAAUAAAUUGGGGGUAACGAUCCCCCCUAUUUACGCAAGUAACACAUUAUCGCAUCUACUAUUAUAUCUUACUUUCAUUUUCUUCA